CAGUAAAAGUGCCUCCACUUCUUGGAUGUGGCUGCUGAGGUCAUCAGUCAUUAUUGCCAACAAGCCAUGGCCUCGCAUCACUCUCACCAUGACAACCACAGCUCUAAUACUCAUAAUGGCAGUCUUCAACAUGUUCUUUUUGGAAGACAAUUUGUUUCCUCCGGCACCUGUUUACAAUUCAUCCAAUGAAACCCUUUUUCACCCUAAUGGACAACUAAUCACCUACACUGGCAAAAACAAUUUCUACCUUCCUUAUUUAAUUUACAGUUGCAUACUGGGCCUCAUCUCUUGCUCAGUGUUCCUGAGGAUAAACUACGAGCUGAAGAUGAUUAUCAUGUUGACAGCUGUGGUGGUUUACAAUGUCAUUAUUCUACAAACACAUGCAUCUCUGCUGGAUGAAUAUAGCAGAUUUCUGUACAAGACUGAAAGCCUGGACAGGUAGGUGCACAGUAACAUAAGAUCCUGUUUGGGUGAAGAGAGUGUGUUGAGAUAACCUGAUAAGAGAAAAGGAGACGAUGGUCAUCUGCUAUUAAUCCUGUGGGAUUCUGGGUAAAUGGAAAACCACAGUGAUAGGAAGCGAUAGAAUAUGGGAAGGAAAAAGGAGAGAAAGAAGGUUUACCUUGAGGUCUUCUUACAGUCAAUCGAGUCAGGAAUAGCUCUAAAUGGAGGCCCCCAGGGGGCAUUCUUUGCAGGUGCCACAACCACUUACACUGGCUUCUCUCAAUUUUUUCUUAAACCACUUUCAGCCCCUGUAAAGAAAACAUGCAGUGUACAUCAGCAGUUCAUUCAUCGCUUUGUUCAUCUUGUUGUAGGCCAGCUUCAGAUGUUUUUGCCUGCUGUAUAUAAGUGUUUUCCUGUAUUGUAGGUGAGAUGUUACAGUACAGUUUGUUGAAAGUAGAUGUUAGUAUAGACAGCCAGUUAUCAUCUAAUUUGCCUGGCUAUGGUAAAUAAGUCGUGUGAAACAGAGCUUAUAUUUCAAUGCAUCAAUAAAUACUAAUAUUGGGUCAGACUAUGUAUCAGCAAAUACUAAAUAUUUAAGGGCUUGGAUUGGGAAUCUAAGCCAGAAAAACUUGAUUGAGAUAUCUCUGCAGUCAACAUCGAUAAUCAUUCAGAUAAAAACUAAUAACUAAUAAGCUUAGGUUUUGAAGCCAGAUCCACAAUUGACGCAUCUGUAUACAUCUAUAAAUACAUAAUCCCAUCAAUCUAACCAGUCUGAACUCUCAGCAAUGAGGUUCAGUCAUGUUGCAUCAAGUCAGUGUUUUCAAUAAAACUUUGGUUAAAGUUACAUCUGAGUCUGUACUGAAUGAUGAUAAGGUGCGUGUAGCAUCAGCUUUCCUGCUAAAUUCUAAAUCUUAUCUAACAACAAACAUGAACACAUCUUGUCCUGCACCUUAGCUUGUUGAAUGAGCCACCAAACAAACAUUCACUGGGGAAUAGUGCACUGCUAACGGCUAGAUAGCUAAUUAGCUGCUUAGCUGCAGCACAUUAAACAGCAUGUAAACUUACCUUACAUGUCACUUUGGUCCAGUUAGAUGCUGCUGCAGUUCUUAUUCAAAAUCACUGCUGCAGGCUACAACAUCAGUUUGUUUCUCGUUGCUUAUGGUAUUACACGGGCACUCUGGCAGCCUGGCAGAUGCUGCCAAUCAAACCCAGACACCAUAAGCCCCUCCAGCCACUGAGACACAAAAGAUCUUUUGUCUUUUUAAAGGAAAAAAAACAACUAUUAACAAUACAUUUAAAAAAACCUCAUUGCAUUACUUAUGA